AAAUCGUGCUCGACGGCGCCGCAUCGCACGUCAUGACAUCACACCAGCUCUUUGUCAUUGCGCGUUUCAUGGACCACAGACGGCAUUUGCCGCGUGCGUACAAGCUCGCCACGUUGGCUAUGAAGAAUGUGCACCUGGCGUACAACCAAGAGUCGCAUCCUGCUAUCAACGAUAUCCAUUGGGCGUGUGUCUUGUCGCAUUCGUUGGGCAAGCAAGAACUGGCGAACCUUGUGCCGCUCCUCGUCAAGAACGUGCAGUGCGCCACUGUGUUGUCGGAUAUCCUUAGACGGUGCUCAAUGACUGCCCCUGGAAUGGCCGCGUCUCCGAGCGUGGAUCACCACCACCAUCACCACCACCACCACAAGCGACGAGGAGUGGCGAAACCCCUGGCCAUCGACCGCCCUCCUCUCCGCGCUCUGCUGGACGCCGCCAUUGCCGCCUACAUAUCUACAACCCACUCCAGACUCACGCACAUCAGCCCACGUCAUUACGGAGACUUCAUUGAGUUCCUCGCCAAAGCCCGUGAGACGUUCAUGCUGGCCAUGGAUGGCACGCAACAAUUUGCGCAGCUCCUGGAGAACAUGAAAGUCGCCUACAAGGGCAAGAAGAAGCUCAUGUGCCUGGUGAAAGAACGGUUUGGUUGACGUCGGCUCUGCUCCUCCUCCUCCGUGCCCCGCGCGUUUCACCGAGUUUUGUUGCCCCUGUGAUGGCCGUUUUUUUAGGGAUGUUUUGAUACAUGUACGAGGAGGGAGAGUUUCAGAAAAUGAGAGAAAAAGAGUUUAGGCUAUAGGUUCUGGAAAAUUCUAUAUCUUGAUUCUUGAGAUUCGAAUGAGGUACCGUAUUUUCCCACCUAAAUUUCCCAGCUAUCCUCUUUCUGAAACUUCGGGCAAUUUUCUUAAAAAUUACCGUUUUACUGUACCAUGACAAAUUUUAACUCUGAUCCGUGUUAUUUUCGAUACCUCAAUGCCAUUUUCCAUUAAAUUCUUGCAGUCUUCUGAAUCCGAAUCAUGUGGGAAAUGUUUUAAAGAUAAUCGACACGGGUAUUCAAAAGGAUUGAAAUAUUGGCAUGCUCUUGGAGCGUUUUAUGUCUGUUCGUCAAAUGUGUGUCGGCUUCACUUCCCUCAAAAUUCAAUUCUGAGCGACAAACUGCUUCCAAAUAUGUUUCAGCUGAAUCUUGAUUCUAAACUGACCCAGGGAUUUCCGGUAUUUUCCAUCAGGUUUUUAUGCGUUUUUCUGUGCUUUGAGAAUUCAGUGUUGCUUUAAAAAAAAUAUGGC